AUGUAUGCUUUUUUCGGUAUUAUUAUUCUUGCAAUACUCCUAAUUAUUGAAACCUUCAAAAUUGAUUAUUCUCAAAUUACAGUUACCAGUUCUUAUAUCAUUGAUUACAUAAAUGAGUUUUACUACAGAUUAUGUGAUAAUUUAACAAAUGCAUCUAGUUCCGAUACGGAAGAAGACAAUACAAUCAUUUCAAAUUACAAUGGUUUGAUAAGCGAUUGGAUUAAUGCGUUGUUUGAUGAUAAUAAUGAAGGCCUUUCUGAUGACUUAAUAAAAUCGGUCAAUGUUAAACACAUUUAUAAAAUGAUUCCUAUCAUAUAUCAACAAUCCAUCAUUGCUACUAAUUCUAAUAAAAUUGACAUUAAGAUAUUAAAUAAUGGAAUUGAUUACUUAUCGCAGAUGUUCUUGAUCCCAUGCACUUUAAAUAUAAUUAAAUGGCUAUUGAGGAGAAUUUGGUCAGAUGAUCCUACUUUAGACUGUUUGCCUGUUCAAGUGUUGCAUGAGUUGAUAAAAUCCAAUUUGGGUGAAAAUGAUGAAGCGGCUAGUGAAUCGAAGCUAUUUUUCCAAAUAGUAUUGAAGAUAAGUGGUAAUUCAAUAAUAUCAACGUUAAAGAAGUUGACAAACUGGGAGAAUUCAAUUUUGAUUAAAGAUAUAAUUGAAAAGGUAUCCAAUAGCGUUGAUCAAACGUAUUUAGAGGGUGAUUUGAAUUUGAAGUUCAACGAGAAAGCGAAUUUAUGUGAACAACUCAAAACCAAGGCGAUUGCUUUAGUCAAUAACACGAAUUCAUACGAUUAUCAAUUUAUAAAUCUAUUUCCUUCUAUAGAUAAGCACCAUGAAUUAAUGAGAUAUAUUGUUGAAGAAAUAACUUUAUACCAAAAGACUAACGGAGGAAAUGAAGAUACUAAGCUAUUUAUUAAUUUAUCAAUAUUCAUGGUCUUACUUGAAGCUAUUGAUACUAUUGAUGACAAGCAAUAUUGGAUUAAGCAUAUAAAGGAUACUGAACCUCCCAUUCGCAGCAAUAUUGCAGCCGAAAACAAAUUUGAUAUACUGAUGGAUUAUCAUUAUUCUAGUAUAUUUAACAAUUCAGAUGAGAUAUCUAAUAAUGAUUAUUUAUUUAGUGGUGAAAAUACUAACUCAUCCGUAGAAAUCGAAAAUUUGAAAAGCAAAAUCGGAAGACAUGAAAGCUUGUUGAAUAGUUUCAAUCAUAUCAAGGAAUUUUGUGGUAUCAAAGACCAAUCUACGUUUCUCAAAUCAUUAAGAAUAUUUAAGGAUAAAUUGAUAGAUGAGUUAGAAGCUUUUGACCUCUAG